CGAAAAGAGCCGACCGACCCCCCUCCCACUCCGCUUCCUCUCAUCGUUCAUCCCAAUCUCAGAUGCGUGACGGUUGAUCAGCUUUUUCAUCGCUGCCCUUCAAUAUGCCCCCUCCCGUCGGCAGAUACGGGCCUACUGGCCUAACAGCUUCCUAUACCCACCUACAGCAAGCCCAUCUCCAGCAACAGCAACAAGCCCAACAUCACCCGGCCCACGCCCAGUCGGCCAACUCAGCCCUCCCUCCUCCAUCUCUCGGUGGUCACCCCGGUUUUGCCGCCGGAAACCCGAACACGAAUAUCAAUCCGUUUACACUGUCCGGCACCGGUAUCGCAAACGGUAUGUCCGUCGCAGGGUUCGCGAGUGCUGGGGAUGGAGGCGGCACUGGACUCGCCAGCCAUGCCGCCCAGAUGGGCUUCGCAAGAGGCGCGCAGAUGCAGCAGCAGCAAUUACAUCAGACUCACGAUGGCCGACUAGCGCUCGAGGCCAAGGCCGGUGCGGUGAAGACACGGAUACGUGACGUAUGGAGCCACAAUCUGGCUCAGGAAAUGGCUAUCCUCCGGCAGUUUGUCGAGAAGUAUCCCUACAUCAGCAUGGACACCGAGUUCCCCGGUAUCGUCGCACGUCCAAUGGGAGCGUUCACGAAUAAAGCAGAUUACCAUUAUCAAACUCUCCGGUGUAACGUCGAUCUCCUCAAAAUGAUCCAGCUCGGUAUCACCUUGUUUUCUGCCGAAGGCGAGGUACCCCCGCCCAACGCUACGGAUGCGAAUGGCCAGCCUCUCGGAAACAGCCUCGUCCCUGCGCCCUGCACAUGGCAGUUCAACUUCCGGUUUUCUUUGGAGGAAGAUAUGUACGCACAAGAGUCCACGGCUAUGUUGGCCAAGGCGGGUAUCGAUUUCUCGAUGCAUGAGAAGAACGGCAUCGAUCCAUUCGAGUUUGGUGCUCUUCUGAUCAGCUCGGGGCUCGUUCUCUUGGAAGAUGUCCAUUGGGUCUCUUUCCACUCCGGCUAUGAUUUCGGAUAUCUUAUGAAGAUUAUGCUCUGUAAACCUCUUCCGGAGAACGAAGAGGAAUUCCACAAACUACUGAAGAUCUUCUUCCCGUCGCUGUAUGAUAUCAAAUACUUGAUGAAACAUGCAGGACGCAAUCAGGCUGUAAACGACUCUCCGUUAACGCCAGCCGCUGCUCAGAUCCUCACUAAUCUCGGACAGAAGUCGGGUCUGCAAGACAUUGCGGAUGAGCUCGGUGUCAAGCGCGUCGGCAUCGCUCAUCAGGCAGGGUCGGACUCUCUCGUGACGGGUGAGAUCUACUGGAAGAUGCGCCAACUCGUCUUCAACGGCAGCAUCGACGAGUCGAAAUACUCAGGACAGAUUUGGGGCUUGAACGGUCAGAUGCCUGCUCUGUUGUACCACAUGCAGCCACACCAAACUCCCAAUCUCAACGGCGCCACAAUUUACUCAGCUACCGGCACGCCAAGCACACCCAACGCCGGUCACCUGGGCAGUCAAACACCCCAUACACUGACACCUGGUGCAACCGGCGGCGCCCUGGGGCAAUUCCAGCUUGCCAAGUCAUGAGGCUCGUCGGUUUGUCUGGCUGUCUUGGUAUUAUCUCCUUUCAAUAUUUGGUGUUAGAUCAGGCUCCUACUCCUGGCCGGUUGGGUCUGGCAACAGCACCCGGAUCCACGGUCACUUCUCUCCAUUGAACCUUAGCCGGCGGUUCUGAUUACUUUUUUCACCCUAUUUGUCAUGUUGCUUUCGGCAGAGAUGGCAAGGAAUCUAUAUGAUGUGAUGGAUGUACAUAGCAUGUGGCAUCGGUUGUGUUUUCUUGGUGCAUUGUCUUGUUUUCUUAGUCUUGUUUCUUUUUUUUUCUUUCGGUCCGUUUCAAGGAGUUCAUCGCCUGCAGUGCCUUCGUAUUGCCUUGGAGGUGGGUGUUUGCAAUAGGUGUAUGGUGUUCGUCUCCGGCUGGAAUGUGAUCUACGUCAAGCAUUAUUUUCUUUAAGCGUCCGGGGUUUGCCACUCCUUUCGUUUCUAUCCACGUAGAUAGAACUGGUUUGGAAUCUACUUCGCCUCCUUGAUAGACAGGUUAUUAAUUAGCA